AUGAAUAAGAGGAUAUUUAGUUUAGUUUGUAUCGUCUUAUAUUCCCUUUUGGCUGUGUCAGUACAUUGCUCCGAACAGAAAAUAUCUGAUGUAAUAAAUAAAAGUAUUCGUGGCACUAAAGACAGAAACAAAAGUAACGAAACACAAUUAAAGAAUAACAAUCCUAAAGAUGAUGAAGAUGAUGAAGAUGAUAGAGAAUUUAAUUGUUUUGGUAUAUGUAAAAAAAAUAAACAAAAUAAACAAAUAAAAUAUAUAAUUAGGAAUGUACCCUUAACUUCUCCACAUAAUCAAAUAGUUGUAAUAUAUUCAAGUAAUGAAUCUCUUCCUACGGUAAAAAUUCGAAUUGGAACAGUUGAGAGUGAGUUUAUUCCAAAAGAUCAAAAACAUUUAGAGGAUAUAUUAAAAUUACAAAAAACAUUCGAAAAACUAUAUCCAAAUAACAAUGAAUCUAGUCCUAAGGAAACAAUGCAGAUAGAAGGAAUUAAGCCUGAGCUUAUUCCAAAAAAACAAGAAGAUUUAAAGGAUAUAUUACUAUUAAAAGAAGCAUCCGAAAAACUAUAUUCAAAUAACGAUAAAUCUACUUCUAAGGAAAUAUUUCAGAUGCAAAAAAAUAUGCAAAACAUUCGUGAAAACAAUCCAAAGCUUUUUAAGAUUUUAUUAGAAUCUAAAGAACCAAUAGAAAAAUACCUUUUAAAAAAAAAAACAAGUAAAUAA